AUGCCUUUUCUCGACGAUAAGGGUAUUAUACGUGUUGGUGGCCGACUACAAAACUCUAGUUUGGAGUUCAACGCAAUGCAUCCCAUUGUCUUAUCAAAAAGUAAUCCUCUAUCUACUCUGAUCAUCAGAGAUGCUCAUGAAAGAACACUACAUGGCGGCAUUACUCUUACUAUGUCUUAUGUCAACAGAUCGUUUUGGAUAUUAUCCGGGACCCAACUGGCAAAGAAUAUAAUUUCACGGUGCUUGAAGUGCUUUAGAUAUUCUGCAAAAACUUCUCAACAAAUUAUGGGAAAUCUGCCAUCUGUUCGCCUACAUGCUACACGGCCAUUUAAGCAUAGCGGGGUUGAUUAUGCUGGUCCAAUAAUGAUAAAGAAUUCUACUCUUCGGUCCUCUGUGAUAUCCAAAGGUUACCUUUGUUUGUUUGUAUGUAUGGUAACCAAGGCAUUACAUCUGGAAGCUGUAUCGGAUCUCACAACAACAGCUUUUCUAGCAGCGUUCAGGCGUUUUAUCUCUCGCCGAGGUGAAUGUACUGACAUUUACUCAGAUUGUGGAACAAAUUUCGUUGGUGCGUCUAAGGAACUCCGAGUUCUGCACCAUAAGUCCACAAAGUCGUUGCCAGAAGAACUACGCCAUAUUCUAAAUAAAAAUGGUACCACAUGGCACUUUAUUCCUCCUGCCUCACCAAACUUUGGAGGACUAUGGGAGGCAGGCGUAAAAUCCGUCAAAUAUCACCUAAAACGUAUUGUUGGCGAUAGAGUACUAAGUUUUGAGGAACUUUCUACUUUAUUAUCUCAAAUUGAAAGCUGUUUAAAUUCGCGACCUUUAUGUCCUUUGUCAUCUGAUCCCUCGGACUACGAUGCUCUGACUCCAGCCCAUUUUUUAAUAGGCGAACCUACAAAUUGUAUCCAAGAAGAAAACCUAAUGGACGUCAAUGAGAACCGACUGGAUAAAUGGAAACGUUUGGAAAGAUUGAAGCAGCACUUUUGGAAACGUUGGCAUAGCGAAUAUCUAAAUCGACUACAGUCCCGUCCAAAAUGGUUGGAUGAGAAGCGAAAUGCCAAAAUUGGUGAUCUGGUGCUUAUUGCAGAUGAACGCUGUGAAUGUGAUUCCCAGGACGAAAUCAAAGUGCUGUAA